UCUUUUCUCUCUUCUUCUUCUCUCUUCUUCACGAGACCACUAAAAAUUAGGGUUUUCAGAUUUCUUCAAAUUUUGCGAAAUCUGGGUACUUCUCUCACAUAUCUUCUUCUCUCUUCUUCUUCUGUUAUUGAAAACGAGAAACCCAAAAAUUAGGGUUUUCAGAUCUAUGCUCAUUCUUCCUUCUCUCGCCGUUUAAUAGAUCUGCUUUCUACUAAUUCGGAUUUACUAAGAUUUAAUUGAUUUAUGUUUGAUUGAAUGGUCAGAUCUACUCAUCUUCUAAACCGUAGAUAUGCCUUAUAGUUACUCCCAACCCUCCACAUCCGUAGCAAGCAUCAACAGUGGAGAAUGUAAUGCAGAUGCCAAUUAUGGUGUUCCCGAGAGGUGUUUCUGUGGUGAGAUGGUCAAACUUGAGCGAUGUCUAACAGGACAGCGCCAAGGAGAGCGCGUAUACAGAUGCCCAGUGCUUAAGGAUGGAGACGAAUAUAAGGAUAAUCGAGAUCACCUAGUUCAGUGGUGGGAUUGGGCGGUAACUGAGGAGCUGUCCAAGAUACACCACCUAUUUGACAGACAUAAAGAUGACGUGUUAACCUCUCUUGAAUAUGGGAGGGGUGGAAAUCCUGCAUUGGAGUCGAUCCGGGAAACUCUUCGUCUUAUGCGUGAAGAAAUUGAUGACCUUAAAGAGAGGUUAGCCACAAAAGAAGUCGAGAUUGCGAGGCUUAGGGGGUUACUUUCAAGGUGGUAAUAUUGUAUGAUUACCACCUACUCUUUGUAAUAUUUGAAUUUGUAUUUUGGAUAUGGAAUUGUGUUUUCAUGAAGUAUUAUUAGUAGUUGUACCUGCAGUAAUGGUAGUACUUGGUUCAACCGGUACAACUCCGACUUAUAUGUACUCACUAAGUAUUUUUAAUAGUUGUUGUCCCUGGAUCAACUGGUCCAACUAAAAUUUAAAUAUAUUGUAUUUAGUAGUU